AUGUCUGUUGACCAAUCCCUCAAUAUAGCAAUUGACUGCUUCAAACGUAAAAAAUAUGCAGAAGCACUCGAGAUAUACAAUCUGAUUGUUAGAAAGAUUCAAAAGAUCCCAUCUGAAGAGUUGCAGACGAUGAGGGUCAAGAAUGGAUUGACCCCUACACCAAUAAUAGGUCCUAUAGUUCACCCGAAAAUCGGAUCUAUACUAGACCAAAGAGCUGCAACCUAUGAGAAGUUGAAUAACCCACAAAGAGCGCUUCGUGACGGCGAGAACUUAAUUAAGCUAGAGCCCAUCAGCUGUAAAGGCUAUCUCAGAGUUGCAAAAUUACACACUAUUAUGGGCAACGAAUUGGAAACUUAUAAAGUGCUCCAAAGAGGUGUUUACACUAUAGAAUCGGCAAUAAAAAAGUUUCGAAUAACUGUUCCUGAAAAGUUAUUUGAAAGUUUGAAAAGUAAGUAUGCGGAGCUCAACACUAAGCUAAAGAAGAGGAGAAACGUAACGCAGCCGGUUGGUAUUACCCCUGGGCAUGUUCAAGCUAGAGUAUCACAGCUGAGUUUGGACGAUUUAAUGGGGAUCAAAAGAGCUAAGAGAAAUGAUUCUGUGAGUAGAACACCGUCUUUAAAUGCUGCAACUGCUUCGCUAGAUCCAUUUGAUUACUUUCCACUUGAGCUAGUAUGCUUAAUAUUCAUGCAUCUCCCUUUCUCUACAGUUUUACGGUGUCAUUUAGUUUCAAGAAACUGGUACAAGUCUUUAACUCUGAUACCCUCCCUUUACACCAACAUCGCAUUCAGAAACAGGUUGGAUAAAGUAGAAUUCCAAAAUGGUAUCAAACUAAUUAAAAAAGUCCAUCAGAAUUCAUCCAACAAAUUGAUAAAAUCACUAAAACUUAGUAAAUCCUACAGACAAGAAUAUUUUUGUGAUAUUAUAAAGUUUCUUGCGUUCCAAUCGAAUUUGAAGUUUGAAAACUUAGAUAUCGUUAACUCAAGUGUAAGUGUUGGAGAAUUGUUGUUGUCGCUAAUAUUUUCAAAAGUCAAUACUUCGAACGUGAGCCCUAAUGGGCUUCAACCUUUCGAAACUUCUUUAAAAUCUUUAAAACUUGGUGUGACCUCAGAGAUAAAACAUAUUCCCUAUUUGUUAGGAAUACUGGACAAACUAGAAGAGUUAGAAAUCAUCCAGUUGUCGCUGCACGAAAGCAACAAGACAGUAUACAACCAGCAACAAUAUCCAAGUAUAAAACAGACAUUUAAAGAUAGAAUGAAUGCAGAUAAUUUAAAGAGAUUAUCUUUUAUUGGCUACACUGAUGAGGACCUUAAGCAGAAUAGUACAAGUGUCAUGAUCCCAAUACUCAACUUCAUACUGAACAAAGCUUCGGCUUCCCUAAAGUCUUUGACUAUAGUUUCUCAAAAUUUAGUGCGCUUCAAUUCGUCGAAUGUAUCGUUCAAUCAAUUCCCAUGUUUGGAAGAGGUCUACUUUGAGGAUAAUUCCGGCUAUUCAUUAAGUGACUUCAUUUUGGGAUUUACCUCAACUGGUUCAGGUCUCAAGAAGUUAGUAUUUCGCGAGAAGGAGCUCAAUACAGAGUUCGAUGUGUCUACUUUAAGAAAUUUGGAGUUUCCCAGAUUGUCAAAUUUGCAAUUACUUGAUGUGUAUUCGUGUAAUUUGACAAGAGAUGGAUUGUAUAAAUUGCUACAGGUAGUCAAUAAAGAAAGUAAUCAACUAACGAGCUUGAAUAUUGGAAAUUCAAGAAAACUUUCAUUUCAGAUUGACACUUUCCAAAGAAGGAUAAGUCAAUCUAAUCCUUCUGGUCAUUUAUCGAUUUCAAAAAUAUUGAAGCUUUCACCAAAUUUAACUCACCUUUACUUAAAUGAAAUUGAAUUUGAUAAUUUCUCUGCUAAAAUGUUUUACCAUGAGCUCCAAGAGUAUGAUUCCAAUUUUGAAAAUAUCAAAUUAAAGUUCAUUGAUUUGAGUUUCGCUAGGUUGGAUGGAAUUGGUCUAAUGAGCUUAUUUUGCGUUAGUAGCAAACAUGAACCGACAUUUAAGCUAGAUGAAUUGGUGUUACACGGAAUAGAUAUAAAGCUGCAGACAAUACAAUUACUAAUGGAUAAAGGCUACGCUUUGAGUGUUUUGAACGACUUCCAUAAAGUUAAAUGGAAGGAAUUUGGAAUCAACUCUUUAAUACAAUAA